AUGGAACGCAAGCUGGAUCGCAAGCUUACCGUUGAGAUCCAACGGAGGCCUCAGCGGUCUCAGACUAGCAUGAGAUCGUCUGGGAGCUUGAGAGUAGACGGCGGCUCCAGCGACCCCAGCCAAAUCCCUCAAGCUCUUACUGAGUGCUACGCGCCUGAGGAUUUUGACGAAUCUUCUUCCCUGGUGAUCUGUAACUUCCCGCCUGGCUGUCAACCCUUCACCGCACGAAACUAUGUAACAUGGUGGGGUCCAGUUAUUCGAAUCGAGCGUGCACCAUCCUUGAGUCAGGAGGCAAACUUCAUUGUCGUUUUCGCUGCGCCCGAGUUCGCACAGAAAUACCUCGAGUGUGGUCCGGUUGUCUACGAGGACGGGAAGACGAUGCUCUAUAGUCGGCGAGUUGAUGAACGUGUGACAGUUUGGCGAAAGAUAUCGACUUACUGGAGUGGGGUGAGUCUGAAGGAGGAUCGCGCUUGGUUCUACCACUGCGCCGGCUUACGAGAUCUAAAGCUGCUUGUGUGCAUCGAGACAUUAUUCACUACACCCGAGACAUGCACCUGA